ACGAGAAGCACUCUAUGUCCCGACUGACACAACCCAAAGAAGAAAGAAGGAUAAUCAACACAAUGGCACCUCACGCCGACAUUUCCGAAAUUGCUCUCGAGAGCGUCCCAGAGCGCAAUGGCUCCAGAUUCAAAACACACCUCCAGUCAACACCACAGAACGACGUGCACGAUGUAGUCUGCAUUGGCUUCGGUCCUGCCUCGCUGGCAAUCGCAGUUGCCCUCCACGAUGCGACCAAGCAGACGGGCAAGCAGCCACCACAACUCAGAACACAACCCAAGGUCGCCUUCCUCGAGAAGCAAGAGACGUUCGCAUGGCACGCUGGCAUGCAGAUUCCUGGUGCCAAGAUGCAAAUCUCGUUCAUCAAGGACAUGGCCACCAUGCGCAACCCUCGCAGCGAGUUCACCUUCCUCAACUACCUGCACGAGAACGACCGCCUGGUGCAGUUCACCAACCUCAGCACUUUCCUGCCUCGGCGCAUUGAGUUCGAGGACUAUCUCCGCUGGUGUGCCGGCUGGUUCCAGAACCUGGUUUCAUAUGGUCAAGAGGUGGUCGAUAUCUCGCCUGACACGCAGGCCAAGAGUGCAGAGGGUGUGACAACAUGGACAAUCACAUCUCGCAAUCUUCACACCAACGAACUCAGCUUCCGCCGCACGAAACGCGUUGUCGUUGCUGUUGGAGGCCACCCAAGAAUCCCAGAGGCUUUCCCUCAACACCACCCCCGUGUCCUCCACUCGUCGCAAUACUGGACUCUCUCGUCCCGCAUCUUCCGCGACCGCAGUGCUCCUCUCAAAAUCGCCGUCAUUGGCUCUGGUCAAUCCGCUGCCGAGAUCUUCAUGAACUUGCCCAGCCAAUUCCCCAACUCCAAAGCCUACCUCAUGAUCAGAGGCGCUGCCCUCAGACCUUCGGAUGACUCGCCUUUCGUCAACGAAGUCUUCGACCCCGAGCGUACUAAUGACACCUUCAGUCAAGAUCCUGAGAUCCGUGCCGCAGCCAUCAAGAUGGACAAGGCCACCAACUACGGUGUCGUUCGUCUCGAGCUGCUGGAGCACAUGUAUGAUGUCCUCUACACACAACGCCUCAACCACGGCGAUGAUGAGGAGAACUGGCCCCAACGCCUGCUUAACUACCGCGAAGUCGAGAGUGUGACCGAAUUGCCCGACGACCGUGUGCGACUCCACAUCAGAAACGAUACCUCGAAGCACAGAUGUCGCAAGAGCUCUACGAAAGAGACUCUGGAUGUGGAUCUGGUCAUGAUCGCCAGCGGAUACAGAAGAGAUCACCACGAGCAGUUGUUGUCCAAGGUCAGACCCAUGAUGCCCGGUGGGGACAAGCCUGGUCAGAAGUGGACCGUCAACCGCGAAUACAAGGUCGAGUUUGAGCAGGGCACUGUCGCAAAGGACUCUGGUGUCUGGUUGCAGGGAUGUAACGAGAGUACCCACGGUUUGAGCGACUCUCUCCUAUCUGUCCUUGCCAUCCGUGGCGGCGAGAUGGUUCAGUCCAUGUUCGGCGACCAG